GAUAUACGCAUGUAGCUGCUGUCACAGCCUCCCUGCGCUUCAAAAUCUGUUCCGUUCUAGUUGAGCUGUUUGUUCUGCUGUGCUCGGAAAUCCGUGUUUUCAGCCAUCCUCGUUGUGGGUAGACUGUCCCACUUAAAUUACGAUCUCGAUCUGCCUAAAUUUUUGUCGCUGAUUUUUUUUUUCAAUCGAAUAAAUCGGUCCUUUGUUCGAUUUUCCUCCGUCGGCCUUACACUGUUGUCGCGCCUUGUUCUAGCUGGGGGUCUUCUCUGAAACUCCCUCCCCUGUUCCACCAGUCGCGGCGCCAAUCCCCACUUUGCCGCCAUUGGAACUUGCCCAAGCGACUGACGUAGGCUGCUUGCUGGCCGCGCCAUACUUUCCACGGGCCUGGGAGCACACAAAGGCCGGCAACCAAGAAUAAAAAAAAAUAAAAAAAAUAAUAGCAUUGGAAACGACCGACAGCAAGCCGCGGCGGCCGUCUCCUCUUGUGUGGCGUCAGCCCUGGUAUUUGCGACUCAUUGGAUGCCACACACACACGUGUUAAAGAGAAGAAAUCGCCAUCGCUAAAGCCGCCGUCCAUCUCGCCUCUCGCCUUGACCUGCCCCUUCUACUGGUCGUGGGUCGUGCCUGGUUCUGGUUGCCCGGCGGAGUCAAAAAAGUUUCUCGGCAGCUUCUAUGGCCCCAGCCACGCACGCACGUCGCGUUCUCACUUCCUUGAUUUUCAUGACCGCUCGCACUCACCACUCCCACUCUAUUUUGCGACAGGACCAGGGUCUAUCCACAGGCCCACCCACACACGCGGCUAGCGGCCCAGGCUAGGUCAACACCACCUCAGCGAGCAGCGCGCAAGCUCCCCCAGCCCCCACUCCGUCACCGUUUGCUAGCGCUCAAUCCCGCCGCAACGCGAUAAGGCGGCCACCUCUUCCUCAACCCCCGACAGUCCCAAGGCCAAGCGUGAAAUGUGGAUGUUGGCGGAGGAGCACAGGUCUUGACGUUUCCCUAUCCCCCAAAAAAAUCUCCCAAGGACCUCAACAAUCCCGGCAGAUACGCGCCCAGGUCCUCGGAUCACCGAUCAAUUCCCUCUUUUCUCAAACGGAUCCCAGCGCCCUGUGCUGCCCCAUCGCCAGCAUGGCUACCUCGAGCAAUCCGCUUCCUCCGAUCCCUCCGGUUCCUCCAAGCCACUUCUAUCAACAGCAGCAACAGCAGCAGCAACAACAGCAGCAGGCGCAAGGCUAUUAUCAACACCCACAGCAAGCGCAAGUACAGCAUCCUUAUCAGCAACAGAACCGGCAGCAGCAGCCCCCUCCGCAACAACCCCAGCGCCUAGGCCAAGGCAGCAGUCCCGACGGUCACCCGCGAGCGGGCCAAAGGAAUAGGACCUUCAGCUUCCAGUCCAACAAGUCGCAUAAGAGCACCGAGCUUGUCGAGACGUCCGCCGAGAAGGAGGCGAAGCGACUUCACAGCAAGGCAGAUCCCACACUGGCCAUGAGCGAAGCAGAGCCCGGCGUAGUUGCGGCCACGGUCAAGUCAUCCCUAGCACCGCUGCGAAAUAUGCGGCAUAAGGACAUGCACGGGAACGUGAUCGAUGACCCUGACAGGUCGAAUCCCACGCGCAGCCGUUGGGAGCGCCCGCUCGACACCAUCCGAAGCUUCGAGGCUGCUAUAGACGGUGGCUACAAUAAUCGUCAGUCGAUGAUCAUCCGAUCAGACUCUGACUCGGUGAUGAAUUGGGAUCGCAGGAGCAGCUACGUUGCUCCUAGUAACGCGGGUGGUAUGUCCAUGCUGCAGGGGGCCCGCGCGCCCCCACGCCCGAGGUCAAUGGUGCAUGGCCAUAGCCAGCACAGGCUGACGCGACCUCCUAUGCCAGGCAAUGCCUACAACGGUCGUUACCAGCGUGAUAGCUAUUACAGCACGAGAGGGGGUCCGCCAGACCGGCGAUACGGAGGGUGGACGGAAAACCAGGGCGACCCCUACGGCUCUCAAGGGCACAAUGCCUACAGCAACGUUCCGCGGACCAGAUUCUCUAGGAUGGCAUCUGAGCCGCAGUUCCCCGCGCAGAGGCAACCCGAGCCCAACAGCGUUUACCCGAUGCCGAUGAAUCACCAGUCGUACGAGACGGUAGCGUCAGGGUCUGGGAGUGGCUCGUCGGGGGAGCACGCAGGUUACCAGACCGACCCGACCAGCAGCGACAACAGCUCGAUCGAGCGGGUCCAGUCUCCCCCUAAGCGUCAGGAUCCCGUAAACGACUACGGUAUUGGCUUCAGCCAAAACUCGAACUACCAGGCACCAUCCUUCACUGUUGCCGUCAACAGUGGCCCCGUCACACCGCAGGCCAGCAGCAGCAACAACACUAUCCCAAUCAACGAAUCCCCACCACCAGCCGUCCCGACUAAACAGAACACGAUUCUGAGGAAGCCGACCCGAGCUCCUUCGACGGCAUCGGUAGCCACCGAGAAACCAGGCAUGGGCGAGAAGCGUAAGAGCUGGUUCGCGCGCCGUUUCAGCAAAAACUCCUAGUUUUUUGGCGGUCGCUAUAUUGCCCAGCUGAGAGCGUUAUUUUGCCUUUUUUUUUUUUUGUCUUUUUCCCCUCCUCCAAUCCGUUCUCUCUUUAUUACUACCACCUAUCUAUUCCCUUGAUACCCCGUUAUUCUCGGCACACAUCGGGUGCCAACCCGAGGCGUACUUGUCACACCCUUGGGCUGGUCCAGGUGUUGUGCCACACUGUUUGGAGGAGCCCGAUACCAGCGGGAUCUUUUAACACGCUCACUGCUGGUUUCAGGUUGCGUUAUAUGCUUACUGGAAUCUCAGUAUACGCUAUGAAUGGACUCUUGGGGUGCCGGAGGAGAUUUGAAGGGUUGGAACCAUUAAAACUUGCACAUCUUGGGCUGCUGUGAGGGCACUCGGGGGUCUCGUCACACCGGCUGGAUUUGCAACAAGGGAGCGAGGCUUCGACCCCAGGUACAGAGGAUACACGGGACUGGGGGGUACAUACGGUAUACGAUUUUGAUGUACUGGCGUCGGGACGGCAUUGUUCUUAUCUUGUUCUCUACAUCUUUCACCCGCUAAUAUCUCAGAGACGCGGUCUGUCUUGUCUGGUAGAAGGAUAGGGACAGACUCGAGGCCCCAGCGGAUGCAUUCCUAAUCACACCCGAGCGCGUCCUCAGGGAUGUUAUCGGGCAGAAUGUUAUGAUCCAUCAAACAAAGGAGGUUCCACGGACGGUAAAGCUAUGCGCGCGUGUGCGACAAGUGCAACGUGACACGGGGCGGCGGGAACUCGUGGAAUUAGGCUCACUGGCUGGCUUUUCUGCCGGGUUCGCCGAGGUGGUCGGAUCGCACGAUACGUUCUUUUUCCCGACCGGAAUGUUGAAAACAUGUCGUCAGCGCCAUACCUCUAGGAUCGGAACGACUGAACAAUUCCAGCCAACACCAGCACUUUCUUUGCCUGAUUAGUGCCGCAGAAAUGCCUUACGCACGCAUAUUUCCUGGAUGAAAGGCUGUGCUCUUUUUGGGAAUGGGGAAUGUAAUGACAUCGGGGAGUGGGAAGGGAUGUCGAAUCAAGGAAAGGGGUAGAGAAGUGCACAGGCAAGAUGGGGAAAAAUAGAGCAAAUGAUACAGGGGGAGGGUGCAUAUAGAAAAAGGCGAGCUACAGGCCCAACUGUAGAUUUUUGUGAUCGUCAUAGUAAGCGAGGAGACAAGUACUGGAAGCGCCGACUCUGCAUGUCCUCGGUCCUUCACAGUCUAUCGAAUACCAAUGAUCUGGCCCAUCCCGUUGUGAUGUAAAAACAUGGUCACGGAAGCCUAGCCACUCUGUUCAAUCCGGGGAUUCCAUAAAAACAAGGUGUACAGUCAACCGGCAUAGCAGCAGAUGUAGCCAAAAGGAAGACCCGAAAGCAACGCAGGGCGGCAUCUGGCCGAUGUUUCAGCUCUUCUUCUUCGCUUCCCUUUCUAGCUGCUCCGACUGAUCCUCGUUCAUGGCCACGACAACAUAGGCAAUCAAGACCACGUUCGCCAUGAUAGCAGCCAGGGCUCCAGCAUAUGUAGAGUUGCCUGUCCACGAUACCAAAGACCAAAC